AUGUUUCUUACGGCAGUUCGACGUGCUAUCACUAGUGACAUCCUAAAAUCCUUCAAACCGUUACAUGAUCGCGUUUUGGUUGAGAGGCUGGCUGCUGAGACAAAAACAAAAGGUGGAAUCAUGCUUCCAGAGAAAUCUCAAGGCAAAGUUCUCGAAGCUACGGUAAUAUCAGUGGGCCCCGGUGGUCGAAAUGAAAAAGGGGAAAUCAUCCCGAUGUCUGUAAAAGCCGGCGAUCACGUACUUCUCCCUGAAUAUGGCGGUACUAAGGUUGUUGUGGAUGAGAAGGAGUACUCGAUCUUCCGAGAGCAAGAUUUGCUCGGAGUUUUUCAUUGA